UGAUUAUUGCAGCAGGAUGUUGUGAUGUAGAUGCAGAUGUGAUCAACCAACCAACUCUAGCAUUUAUAGUCGUUCAAUCUUCUGCUGAGCAGCAUGGACUUCACCACACUCUGCACGGUCGUUGCCUCCUUGACGGUUGUUCCGUAUCGAAUCCAGUUCUUUCAGUAUGAGGAGGUGCGCCUCAGCUGUGGGGAGGAGGGAAACUCAUCUGAGUGGACAGUCAGGAGGAAGAUUUUAAGGAACACAACUGAACACAUCCCCCCAUGGGAACAAAAUGGAUCCAGCUGGUUAACUAGUGCCAUUUACCCAGGAGAAAGUGGACUGUACUGGUGUGAAUCUGAAGGAGGACAGUGUUCCAACGUCAUCAACAUCACAGUGACAGCUUUUGAUGUGAUCCUGGAGACUCCCAGCGUCCCCAUGACAGAGGGAGAUAAUCUGACCUUGACCUGCAGGAACAGAAACCCCUCCCCCAACAGAACAUCUGAUUUCUACAAAGACGGUGUUUUGAUCGGGAGCAGCUCCACAGGAACACUGACCAUUCUGAGCGUUUCUGCGUCAGAUGAAGGACUGUACAUGUGUAACAUGUCUGGAUCUGGACCGUCACCGUACAGCUGGCUGAGUGUCAGAGGUGGACCUGGUCCUGCUGCGUCUGCCGCUCCCCUCACACACAUUCUACUUCCUGUGGUGGGCGUCUGCCUCAUGAUGGGGCUGCUGAUGCUGCUCUACCUCUGGAGACGCCACAAAGGUAAAAACCAGGACGUGUCCUACACAGAUGUUAUUAUAGCAGAGGACGUCCAGCCGAGGAGGAGCAAAGAUGUGGAGUCUGCUGAGGCUGCGUUCACUCUGUACUCCACAAUCAAACUGGAACACACACAAAGUUAACACAACAUCCACAACAUAUGAACAUAUCCAGUCAUAAAUGGGGAUCUGUCAGAAUGAAUGAACGUCUGAAGGAGUUUCAUUCUCCAUGACUGCCUGAGCCCUGUCACAGCCUUCGACUGUCAGAAUUUUAUUUUUUUUAUUUUAUAUGUUCAUUUUAUUGAAAGAAAGAAAGAAUUCUGACUUCUUUCUCAGAAUUCUGACUUUGAACUCAUAGUAAUAAU